GGGAUGUAGGCUGUACCUAUGUAGAGAAAGUAAUUUUAUAUUUUUACUAAAUUAUACGCGCUCGAUGUUGUAAUAAAUGUUGUUAAGUGAGAAAUGCUCGUAUCGCCGUCAUCCUUUUGUUGCAAGUGCCAAAAUAAAACCGUCGGGAAGUUUACAAUGCUGGGAAGUUGUCAUGUCUGACACAUCCAUUUGUGCCUAUUUAAAGUGAUUUUAUGAGUGUUUUUGUACAAGUUUAACAGGAUGCCGAGGGGAGAGAAUAGGCCGAGCGUCCUGUUGUCUCGGGACGAGAACGAUCAGGUGUUCAGUCUCAUCGGGCCAAAGUGCCAGAGCCUAGCAACAGCAGUGGUACAACUGUUCACGACAGAAGGGCCGGGGCACUCAGAAUGGAAGAAGAAGGACACAGGAGUACUCUGUCUCAUCAAGGACAACAGCAAGAGGUCCUACUUCUUCCGGAUAUACUGCUUGUACCGGAAGAGCAUGAUAUGGGAACAUGAGGUGUACUUGCAGAUAGAGUAUAAGAGCCCGAGACCAUACUUGCACACGUUUGAGGCUGAGGAAUACAUGACAGCAUUCAACUUUGCAAACGAAGAUGAAGCGAGAGUUCUUAGAGACAUACUCAAUGAGAAAAUCAAGUUACGGAAACAGAGACGAGAAGAGAGGAGACAGCGUUCAAUGCAGUCGGCGCGGACCAACAGCGUGUCAUCGCAUGGCUCCAACGCGUCCAACACGCCGCGCCUCAAUGGCGUCACGCCGCCGCCUGCGCCCACGACGCCCGCACCCACACCUGCGCCCACGUUGCCCACGCAGCCCAACAAAGCCAACACGAUGUCCAAUUACACACUGAAGAGUUCGAGUAAAAAGCCCAAAGCACGAAAAUUGACCAAAGCCGAUAUCGGUAUGCCGCUGGACUUCAAGCACGUCUCACACGUGGGAUGGGACGAGACCAAAGGUUUCGACGUGGAUAUACCGGAGGAGGAAAUGCGCUCGUUCUUCAGCAAGGCCGGUAUAACGGACACGCAGCUCAAGGACCACGCGACGCGCCAGUUCAUAUACGACUUUAUCAACAAAAAUGGCGGCAUGGACGCCGUCAAAGAGGAGCUGCACGACACGCCCAAGACUAAAGCCAUGCCGCCGCCGCCCCCCGCGCCGCCCGUGCCGUCCCGCGCGCCUCAUCCGCCUGCACCGCCAUCUCGUGCGCCACCGCCGCCGCCUGCGCGCGCCGUGCCUCCCCCUCCGCCGCCCCCCGCCGCGCUCAGCACGCCGCGCAACCCGCCGCCGCCCAGACCGCACCAACCCCCGGCGAGCGCGCCGCCGUCGGUGCCGCCUCCCCCGCCCCCCUCGUCGGCGCCUCCCCCGCCCCCGCCGCCGCCGCCCCUGUCCGGCCCCGCGCCGCCCGCGCCACCGCCGCCGCCUCCGAUGCCGGUGGACGCGGCUGUACCCGCCGACGCGCACAGCGCGCUCAUGGAUAGCAUCCGGGGAGGAAACAAGAACUUAAAGCAUGUUGAAGUGGGCUCUAAGACAUCACUGAAUGAAGACAACAGAAGUAAUCUAAUGAGCGAAAUACGACAAGGGUUCAACUUGCGAGCUGUUCGGCGAUCAGACAGUAAAACGGAAGAGAAGUCCAACAGUGGGUCCGAGCCCAGCGGUCUUGCAGGCGCCUUAGCGAGGGCCCUUGAAGAACGGAAGCGAGCCAUACACUCCUCUGACUCUGAGGACAGUGACGAUGACUCCACGAGUGACGGAGAAUGGGACUAGUGAUUAUAGUGAUCAUUUGUGAUUAAAUUGGUCUUACGUGAUUAUAGAGGUCAUUUGUGAUCUAUGUGUGACUUCAGUCACUUGUGAUCGUUGGUGGUACCUAGUGAUCAUUCGUGAUUAUAGUGACCAUUUGUGAUUAAAUUGAUCUUGCAUGAUCCAUGUGUGACAUCAGUUUACUUGUGAUCAUUGGUGGUCCUAAUGAUCAUUCAUGAUUACAGUAUCCAUUUGUGAAUAAAUUGAUUUUGCGUGAUUACCAAUGGUCAUUCGUGAUCCACGUGUAACUUCAGUCACUUGUGUGACUUGGUAGUCCUAGUGAUCAUUCGUGAUUAUAGUGAUCAUGUUUUGUGAUUAAAUUGAUCUUGCAUGAUUAAAGUAGUCAUUCAUGAUCACGCAUGACUCCAGUCACUUGUGAUUGCUUGCAACUGUAGUUUAUUGGCUGUCGGCACUCAUGUUUUUGCAUAUAAUAUCUUUUACUAAUACCACAGCAUAAACGCAUACAGUGUAAAUAAAUACAUACCUACAGCUUGGGCGAUAUCGGAAAUUAUAAAUUUUCAAGUUGCUCCUUCCAGCUGGGAUUCGAUGGCGAGACCUUUAACUAAAAAAAAAAAGAUUCUGACGAAUUGAUAACCUCCUCCUUUUUUCGAAGUCGGUUAACAACAGCUAUCACCACUACGCCAGGGCGGUUUUCUGCUGGCUAAUAUGAUACAUAAAUGUUU